AUGACAACUAUUACAUCUGAACCAUACUGGCAAGCUGGAAAAUCAUUGUCCGAAAGUUUUGACUACAUCCUCACUUCCUCCUUAGCUAAUGACGUCACAUUUAUUGUCGGUCAAGACAAGGAAAGGAUUAGCGCCCAUAAACUAGUACUAAUUUGCAGAAGCCCAGUUUUCUUCGCUAUGUUGAUGGGUCAUUUGGCCGAUACAGAGGAGAUAACAAUCCCGGAUAUAUCUUCAGAAACUUUCAAGAUAUUAUUAAGGUAUUUGUAUACAGAUAAGAUCGACUUAACAGUGGGAAAUGUCGUACCUGUGUGUUACGCAGCCAACAAGUAUUUGAUAGAGAUUCUUGUUUCUCAAUGUGAGGCGUUCCUUGAUCAAUACCUAACAGUUGACAAAGCCUUUGAACUACUGCAUCAGUCGCAUGAGUUAGGGAUGAAUUGUCUAGUAAAUUACUGCCUCCGAUUUAUUGCGGAAAAUGCCACCGCUGUUUUAGACUCAGUGGUCUUCACUCACAUGUGUUGGGACUGUGUCGAAAGUGUCACCGCUAUGAGAGAUCUUAACAUCGACGAAACAGGCUUGUAUGAUGCCGUCGUCAGAUGGGCGAAGACGGAAUGUGUACGACAGAAUCUGGAGGUUACAGCAGAAAAUAAAAGGGAAGUUCUCGGAGACAUAUUGUUCAAUGUACGAUUUGACUACAUUGACAAAGAUUUCUUCCUCGAUAGAGUUUGUCCUGACAUGAUACUUAGACCACACGAGAUUGAAGAAAUUAUGAACCAUAACAGGAAUAAUGAAAUCGUGGCAUUACACUACACGGAAAGACGGAUAGGAGUACCAAAGAGAUUUAACAGAAAUGGAACAGUGAUAAACGGAAAAUGGACCAUACCAGUAUCAUUUGAAGCUAUAUCUUUCCAAUCCUCUGUCGAUGUGUAUCUGUUUGGGUUUGGAUCGUUUUUCACCGUAAACGGUCGAGGUAAUGUCGAUCUGAAAGUAUUUGAAGACAAUGUCCUUUGUAUUGCAGCAACUAAAUCUAGGUCAGCACCUCAGCCCGACACGCCUUCCAUGGGAGACGUGAUAUUAGAACCUCCAAUUAAAAUACGAGCUGGAAAAACAUACACUAUCGUAGAACGGUCACAUGAUAUAGUGAAUCAUCAUUUUAACAAUGGGAUUGAUAGUGUAUCAAAAGAAGAUAUCACAUUAGCAUUCACCAACAGUCCGAUGAGUACCAACACGGACGUCAGCAUGGGUCAAAUACCGUAUCUCCUUCUCUUCGUGAGCUGUUAUUCUAAUACCAAGAUACAACGGAUGGAAGAGACAUCAUUUAUGCCUCUAACGGCCUCAUUAUCAUUUUCCAAUACCAUCAAAUAG